AUGCCGCCCAAGACAAUUGAGGAUGACCUUCGUCCAAUAUCUCUGACACCGCAGAUAGCCAAAAUAAUGGAAGGCUUUACUUUGGAACCCUUACUGGUCGACCAGAUUGACCUAUAUCAAUUCGCGAUGAAAGGCCGUCCUACAACACAAGCAUUAGUCUUUUUACUACAUAAUGUUCUGGAGACCCUUGACCGAGGUGGUUCCUCGCCUCGCGUAUUUUUCGCUGACUUUAGUAAAGGUUUCGAUUUAGUUGAUCAUGGUGUCCUAGUUGCUGAGUUAGAGAAAUUGAAUGUACGACCCGCUGUAGUGGGAUGGAUUCAAGCCUUUUUGACGAGAAGGAAACAAUGUAUUCGCUUCCGCGAUAAGAUGUCCUCGUUUAAGUGUCUUAAUGGAGGUAUACCUCAAGGUACCAAACUAGGCCCUAUUCUAUUUGCGGUCCUGUUAAAUAGUCUACUUCGUGAUUGGAAUUUCAGAAUCAAAUUCGUGGACGACCUAACAACUAUAGAAUUUAUCCCCAGAUGUUCACUGAGUGUGACUCCCUUGCUGGUCAAUGACAUCUACGAUUAUGCCUCUACAAGGGGCAUGCGAUUAAACUCGAAGAAAUGCAAAGAAAUCAUAAUUAAUUUUCUCCAGUACAGAUUACCAUUCCAAGAUGCAUUACAGGUUGGUGGGAAUACAAUUGAAAGAGUAUCAUCAUACAAGUUACUUGGUGUUUAUUUGAAUAACGAUCUCUCAUGGAAUCUACACUGUGACUAUAUUACUAAGAAAGCUAAUAAGAGACUCUAUAUACUGCGUAUACUACGGAGAGCAAGGAUUGGGUAUCAACAACUUGUAACAGUAUACUGCAGCUUAGUCAGACCAAUCCUCGAAUAUACGCUGCCCCUCUUUGGUCUGCUAUUCCGGACUACUUAA